UGCAACUUUGCACACAGGGGUGUCUUCUCUCCCUUGGGUCAGGCUCACCUUGGGGCUCUACAGUGAAUGGACUGUAGACACCAGGGGCUUGUCCAUGGGAGCCCCAAGGCCUGGAGGCUGUCAGAGAUUUGAUGGCUGUCAUUCUUCCACCCCUGAUCUCCAUCCAGGAUCGGCCAGUCACCAAGGGCUCAUACCUUGCCCUCCUGUGCACAAGGCCCCUCCUAGGUGUAUCAUCUCAUCACGAACAGUGUGGGCUUUGGAGCCAGACAGAUGAAGGUUUGGGUCCAAACACACCAUGUGGCGGAAGAGUCAGCAUCUCCCUGAGCAAACCGUGACACCCAUUCCAAGUUGAAGAGGAAUCACUGAGGUGAUAUGUUAGGAUUUGCAACCCGCCAGCACCCCCGUCCUGGCCCUGGCCCUUCCACAGCAGAGCUGGUGCAGGUAGACAUUCCCUCUACCAGUCAGGAACACCCCUGGGUGCUGAGCAGGCGUCUGUGAGUUUGGUGCUCCUGAUAGCCCUGGGAGACUUCCCUGAUCCCAGCCACCAGGUGGUUACCGUUAAGUCUAACCACAAGUCCUUGGUACCUGGUGCUCAACAUUUGGGAUGUGAGGUGGUUCAGGGAUCCAGUCAGGGGCCAGGCUUUGGGAGGUGGAGGAGGUGAGAGCCUCACACCUGGGCUCUGUCUGAUAAGUCAAGGCCUGAGUGGAGGACCUUGACCGAAAGAGACCCUCCUCCUGCCUAGAGCAAGGAGGAAUAAUGGCAGGGAGCUGAACCUCCACAGCUGCCUGGCCUCAGUCCUGGGACUUUGGCUCAAGGAUGAAGAGAACCAUAAAGCCAGGCCCAGUUCUCAACCUCACGCCUGCCACAGUGUUGCUGCUCAGCCUCAUCCUUACCCUGGUCCUCCUUGGCUCCUCCUUGGGUUGUGGCGUUCCUGCCAUCAGACCGGUGCUGAGCUUCAGCCAGAGGAUUGUCAAUGGGGAGAAUGCAGUGCUGGGCUCGUGGCCCUGGCAGGUGUCCUUGCAGGACAGCAACAGCUUCCACUUCUGCGGUGGUUCCCUCAUCAGUCAGUCCUGGGUGGUCACUGCUGCCCACUGCAAUGUUGUCCCUGGCUGCCACUUUGUCAUCCUGGGCGAGUAUGACCUAUCAUCUAGCGCUGAGCCUUUUCAGGUUCUGUCCAUCUUGCGGGCCAUCACGCACCCUUUCUGGAACCCCACCACCAUGAACAACGAUCUGAUGCUACUAAAGCUCGCCUCCCCAGCCCAGUACACAACACACAUCUCACCAGUUUGCCUGGCUUCCUCAAAUGAGGUGCUGCCUGAAGGCCUCACGUGCACCACUGGCUGCGGCCGCCUCAGCGGUGCGGGCAGUGUGACUCCUGCACGCCUGCAGCAGGUGAUUCUGCCCCUGGUCACUGUGAGUCAGUGGCAGCAAUACUGGGGCUCACGCAUCACCAACUCUAUGAUCUGUGCAGGGGUUGGGGCCUCCUUGUGCCAGGGUGAAUGUGGAGGCCCGCUUGUCUGCCAGAAGGGGGACAUGUGGGUGCUCACUGGUAUUGUCUCCUGGGGCGCCAAUAACUGCAACGUGUGCGCGCCUGCCACGUACACUCAGGUUAGCAAGUUCAGUACCUGGAUCAAUCAUAGCCUACAACCAAGCCCACCACGGGCCCUCUCCCCGUCUCAGUCCAAUAAAGACCCCAGGCUCUGUCCUCUUGUGUAUGCCUGCCUGUCUUCCUGGUUCAGGGAAAAGCAGAGGCUAGGGCUUCCCUGGUGGCACAGUGGUUGAGAGUCCGCCUGCCGAUGCAGGGGACGCGGGUUCGUGCCCCGGUCCGGGAAGAUCCCACAUGCCUCGGAGCUGCUGGGCCCGUGAGCCAUGGCCGCUGAGCCUGCACGUCCGGAGCCUGUGCUCCGCAACGGGAGAGGCCACAACAGUGAGAGGCCUGUGUACCGCAAAAAAAAAAAAAAAAAAAGGCUCUUGGGGGCCCCAUUCCCCAAGCGGAGUUUGUCUUCUGGCACGGCAGGUGUUGAGGAGUUAGGAUCCUCCUAGACUAGCCGUGACCAGGUUGGGCUCUUCCCAUCUCCCCACCGCCUCCUGGGCAACCUCUUGUCCACAGCAAGAGACUGGGCUGUUGGAA